GUUCUUUUUUUCUUCUGAAAGCGACCCAUCGCCAUGGGCCGAGGGCCACGGACGCCCAAAGGGCCGAAGCUGGAGCCAAAGCCGGAGCCCCGGAGGAAGCGCAGGAAGCGCCAGGCGGUGCGAAUUGUCGAGGAGGACACAUGCCAGGACGUCGAUGCGUCCGAGAAGUUGGCCGCGUGGGCGGAGGACACUCAGCGCCUCCAGCGGUGGCUGACCUCCCGGGGCGGCUUGGAAUCUCCACUUCUGGAGGCUCCAGGGAAGUUGCUGCGGCUCCGGGACUACUUCCCUCUGGAGAUGGCGGACAACGCGCUGCAGAUACUGGAAAAUCUGCCUGAAGAGGCGUGGCAGCAGAGCCUGCAACAGGGCGACAGCCAGCCACAGCUUCUGGCGCGGCCCUCGGAGUCUGCGGAUGUCAUGGACAUCCCCGAGCUGGCGCCUCUGAGGAGCGUGUUCUGGCGCAUGCUGCCCUCUUUGAGGGGGAGGCCGACCUUGCCCAUCUUCUCCUGUGGCAGGUACGGCGCCUCGGACUUCAUCGGGCGCCACGACGACCAGGCGCUGGUGCCCUUCUUUGGCGACGGGGUGGUCUAUUCGCGGACGGUGGCGGCGAUUUGGUACCUUACCAAGGACUGGUCGGAGGCUGAGGGGGGCAGCCUGGUCGAUCUCGAGGCAGAUGAGGAGAAACUCGUGCCGAUCUACAACUCCCUAGUGGUCUUCGAGGUGCCGCACUGGCACGCGGUGUCCGCAGUCACUGCGCAGCGCUACCGGUACUCCAUUUUCGGGUGGUGGCACCAGAAGGACGAGCCCUCGGCCGCCAGCUCGAGCCGAAAGCCGACGAAGGCGAAGAAGGUGGUGCGAGCGAAGAAGAGGACGCUAGCGAGUGGCGCAAGCGACCUGACGCAACGGAAGACGCAGAAAAGCGGCAAAGCGGACUCCGCACUCAUGAUGGAUGCAGCGUAUUCCACGCAGAGCACCGGGCACCGGGGCAGUGCUACUGACGCGCCGGGUGAGCCAGCGGAGUGCUUUGAGGAUCGAUCGCUGCCCUCAAAGGGCGAAACCAAGUCGGCGUCGCAAGCGGAAGUCCAGGACUCCGAGGCGUGUCUCCGUCGGCGGGUGCAGCGUGCGGCGCGGCCGAAGCUUCCAGGGGAUGAGGAGCUCUGGCGGCAUGUCUGGCGCUGUGUCGAGGGCGAGGCGCCAAACAGCGCCCACGAGCCGAAGCCGCGGGAGCCGUGCUAUGCCCUGGUAGUGUACCGGAGGCUUACGGGCAAGCAGCCGCCAGGGCGCGCCACCUUCGGCCACUACGAUGUGUUGGGCCUGGCGCGGAGCGCCUCCGCGGCCCAGAUCCACGCGGCCUACCGACGGAGGGCGUUGGCGACCCACCCGGACAAAGGCGGCAACGUGGAAGAGUUCCGCCGGGUGGUUGCCGCGUUUGAGGAGCUGGCUGACGCGCGGCGCCGCGCCGCCUACGACCGCGCGCUGCGCAUGUUCGGGCGAAGCGAUGGCACUGGGCAGAGCUUCGAGGCCACGGCGGCCACUUCUCGCGCGCCAGGAGGUGCGCGAGCGCUGCAGCUGCAGCUCCUGGCUUCGGCGGCGAUGGAGCGGAGGCUCCGGGAGCUGCCGCUGGCCCAGCUGCAGGCCCUGGAUGAGCUGCUGCGGGCGAGGCCGCUGAAGCGCUUCAUGCCCAGCGCGGUGGAGCUUGGGCCCAACGUGGCGCAGCUCAGGGGUGGGUACCGGGUGAGCUUGGCCUGGCACGGGCUGCAGCUCUCGAGCAACCUCACUCCCUGCCUGGCGCAGGCCAUCGACUGGCAGAUCGCUCUCCAGCAGCUACGGGCGCGCGCGGAGCGCCGGCUCGCCGACGAGAACGCCGGUUUGGAGAGGAGUCCGCUGCUUUGGGAGGAGCUGCUGGACAUUGCGGAGCAGGAGCCAUCACUGGAGCUCAGCUUCGCAGCGGUGUGGAGCAGAAAGUCAAAGCCUUCGACCUCGCCGGUGGUGCAGGACCUGACUCUGGCCCUGGACUUCUGGAGGCGCUUCCAGGCGCUGCCAGGCGCCUCCAGCGACGCGGCUUUGCGGCGGCUCAAGCAACAAGCUGCCGCGGAAGCCAAGCGCAGCCGGGCGCAGCGGAAAGGCGCGCAGAAGCGGCUGGCCGGCGGCCUGCGCCAGGAGCUCCGGAGACGCCGAAGAAACGCCAAAGAGGCUCACUCUGGAGGACCUGCGCAGCAGCAGGUUGCCCACUGUGAGACCCGGCUGGUUCUUUGGAGGAGGAUCAGGGGCAAGACUCCUGAGAGCCAAGUCUACUGGGCAUGA